AUGUUUUACCAACUGAAAUGGUUUGACACAAGCCUGCCAGAUUCUGUCAUUUCAAGCCAGGCAGGCAUCUUGCAGUUCGUGCUAUUCCAUGCUAGCUUCACUGCCGCUCAGUUCGUGACAUCAAUGAUGUGGGGUCGAGUUGCUGAUUCCCGCCGGUUUGGUCGCAAAACCGUCUUGCUCAUUGGCCUUGCUGGGACAAUGAUCUCGUGCCUCGGAUUUGGCUUUUCGACCACCUUUUGGCAAGCCCUCUUCUUCAGGUCUCUCGGCGGGAUCACCAAUGGGAACGUGGGAGUGUUGAGAACCAUUGAAACGGUACAGGAGAAAAAAUAUCAGUCGCGAGCAUUUCUUCUACUUCCAAUGACCUUCAACAUUGGGACUAUCAUUGGACCGAUACUUGGUGGUAUCCUUUCCGAUCCAGCAAGUAGCUACCCAUCCCUAUUCGGAGACGUAUGGUUCUUCCAUGAGUUCCCGUAUGCUGCCCCGAACAUCCUCUCGGCAAUCUUUCUCUUCUGUGCUAUGCUUCUUACACUUGACCUUUGCGCCGACCAACGUGAUAGAGGCUUGGAAAUUGGACAGAGCAUAAAACUGUGGGUAUCUCGCAAGAGAUCCAAGGGGGGGUACGCACGCCUUUCCACUGAAGACCCUACCACCAUCGAUAUCGAAACCCACCCUCUUACCCAUGGCACAGACUCCCAGCAGUCCUCCAUUUCAGAUGUAGCCCCUUUCAAGCCAAAAUAUGCCAGACGACGCUACACACAACGACUCCCUUUCCGCCGCAUCUUCACGCCAAACGUAGUCUCCACGUUCACAGCUAGCUGUCUUCUGUCCCUUCACGUGGGCACGUUCAACUCACUCUGGUUCGUAUUUCUCUCAACCCCAGUCUACGAUCCAGCCAAAGGCCCAGAAUCACCCGACGCCUUCCAACGGCAUCUUCCGUUUAUAUUCACUGGAGGUCUCGGUCUACAUCCUCGUGAAGUCGGCAUGGCCAUGGCUAUCCUGGGUGUUCUUGGUAUUGCUCUCCAGCUUGGCACCUAUCCCUGGCUUUCGGCCCGGCUCGGCACCGUCCGGAGCUGGCGGUUAUUUCUGCUCUUUUUCCCCUUUACCUACUUCAUCGCACCUUAUCUGAGCUUGGUCCCCUCUUUCUCUCUGCCGCCGGCACCCAAGGAUGGUUUUGUUGUGUGGCUUGCCAUCGCGGGCGUGCUUUGUUUCCAUGUCAUUGGCCGGACAUUUGCACUGCCUGCUCAGACGAUUCUGGUAAAUAAUUGUACGCCGCAUCCAAGCGUACUGGGGACAGUGCAUGGCAUUGGGCAGAGCGUCUCGAGUCUUUCAAGGACAGUGGGCCCCUUCUUAGGAGGGUUUUUGUAUGGGCAGGGUCUGGCACGGGGCGUUGUUGGUGCUGUAUUCUGGUGCCUCAGCGCAAUUGCGAUAGGUGGGAUUGUGGCAAGUCUCUUCGUACACGAGGCUCUCCAACAAGCUGUAGCGCUGACAGGGUUGGAAAUUGUAGUGUAUUGCGUUUGGCUAAAGAGAAUACUGUUAGCACCUAUCAUGCCAGACAGAUGGCUCGUUAAAUAG